AUGGGCGCUCCCGCGUUCAGCGGCGGCACCGCCGGCAGGAGCAAGGGUAACAUGUACGGCGAAGCCGGCCGCGGCCGCGGGCAAGGCCGCGGACGCGGACGCGGCGGCGGUCGCGGCGGCGGCGGCGACUGGAAGAGCGAGAAGAGCCGGCUGCAGAUGGCCCAGGAGGAGGACGCGCUCGAGGCCACGCUCGGGUAUGCGGCGUUCACGGAGGGGGAGCAGCGCCUCGGGUGGCUCAUGAACGUCUGCGCGACGACGAUCCAAGACGCGGAGACGCAGAAAGAGUUCAGCGCCGUUGAUUGCUACUUCAUGCAGCAGGACGGCGAGACGUUCAAGGCGCAGGUGCGGUACGCGCCGUACUUUCUCGUCGCCGCGAAAGACGGAUGCGAGCACGACGUCGAGGCGUUCUUGACGCGUCGGUACGAGGGCAAAGUCGCGCAGGUGGAGCUCGUGCAAAAGGAAGACCUGGAUCUGAAGAACCACCUCAGCGGGCUGAAGCAGACGUACGUCAAGGUGUCGUUCGCGACGGUCCAGGACCUCAUGGACGUCCGCCGCGAGGUCAUGCCGAUGGUGAAGAAGAACCAGACGCGAUGCGAAGCCGCGGAGGCGUACGAGGCGCUGCAUCAGAUGGAGGUGAUGAACGGCGCCGAUCAGGGCGGCGGCCGCGCGCACCACGCGGGGACCGAACUCCGCGGCAACAAGGGCGGCGGGAAGCCCGGGGGUAAGCGCGCGAUCGCCAACUACGGCGACGCGAUGAUCGACAUCCGCGAGUACGACGUCCCGUAUCACAUGCGUUGGCUCAUCGACACGGAGACUCGGUGCGGGUGGUGGUACGACGUCAAGGCCAACGCGGGGGACGUGACGCUGACGCAUCGGCCGGACCUGCUCGCGCGCGGCGAAGUCCGCGUCUGCGCGUUCGACAUCGAGACGACGAAGCUGCCUCUGAAGUUCCCGGACGCGGAGUUUGACCAGGUGUUCAUGAUCUCGUACAUGCUCGACGGGCAGGGGUAUCUGAUCAUAAACAGGGACGUGGUGGGCGCCGACGUGGAUAAUUUCGAGUACUCGCCCAAGCCGGAGUAUCCCGGGGAUUUCAUCGUGUGGAACGAGAAGGACGAGGCUGGGUUGCUUCGACGGUGGUUCGAUCACAUGCGCGAGACGCGGCCGUGCGUCUACGUGACGUACAACGGCGACUUUUUCGACUGGCCAUUCGUGGAGACGAGGGCGGAGAAGAACGGCAUGUCGAUGUACCUCGAACUCGGGUUCAAGUGCGAUCGCAAAACCGGCGAGUGCCGCUCGCGAAGCGCGCUGCACCUCGACGCGUUCGCGUGGGUGAAGCGCGAUUCGUACCUCCCCGCGGGGUCGCACGGCCUGAAAGCGGUCACGAAGGCCAAGCUCGGGUACAACCCCGUGGAGGUUGACCCCGAGGACAUGCUGCCGUUCGCGCAAGAGCAGCCGCAGACCAUGGCGGCGUACUCCGUAUCGGACGCCGUCGCGACGUACUACCUGUACAUGACGUACGUGCACCCGUUCAUAUUCUCGCUCGCGACCAUCAUCCCGAUGUCCCCCGAUGAGGUGCUGAGGAAAGGGUCCGGGACGCUGUGCGAGGCGCUGCUCAUGGUGCAGGCGUACCGAGGGAACAUCGUGUGCCCGAAUAAGCAGCAGGCGGCGGGGGAGAAGCACUACAAGGGGCACCUGCUCGAGUCGGAGACGUACAUCGGCGGGCACGUCGAGGCGCUCGAGGCGGGGGUGUUCCGCGCGGACAUCCCGACCAAGUUCCGGAUGCAGCCGAAGGGGUAUCAGGGGCUGUUGGAUUCGCUGGACGACGAUCUCGUGUACGCGUUGAAGACGGAGGGGAAAGGGAUGGAACGCGAGGACGUGGGGAACUACGACGAGGUCCGCGCGCAGAUCGCGGCGAAGCUCGAAUCGCUGCGGGAUAACCCGGUGCAGAUGGCGAACCCGCUGAUUUACCACCUCGACGUCGCGGCGAUGUACCCGAACAUCAUCCUGACGAACCGACUGCAGCCGCCGGCGAUGGUCACCGAGGACGUAUGCGCCGCGUGCGAUUACAACCGACCGGGGAAGACGUGCCUGAGAGAGAUGGAGUGGCUGUGGCGCGGCGAGCACUACGCGGCGACGUCGUCAGACUACACCGCGAUCAAGGCGCAGCUCGAGGCGGAGAAGUUCCCGCCGCGCGCGGACGGCUUCGGCGGCGACGGGCCGAGGUAUUGGGCAGAUCUCUCGCACGAGGAGCAGGCGGCGGCGAAGAAGGCGCGGCUCAAGUCGUACUCGCAGAAGGUGUACAAGCGCGUGCUCGAUAAGCCGGUGACGGAGUCGCGGAUCGGCGGGAUCUGCCAGCGCGAGAACGGCUUCUACGUCGACACGGUCAUGAACUUUCGAGACCGCCGGUACGAGUACAAGGGCCUGAACAAAAAGUGGAAAGGGAAGCUCGGGGACGCGAAGAAGGGCGGGAACCCGAUCGAGGUGCAACAGGCGAAGGACAUGGUCACUCUGUACGACUCCCUGCAGCUCGCGCACAAGUGCAUCUUGAACUCGUUCUACGGGUACGUCAUGCGCAGAGGUGCGCGGUGGUACUCCAUGGAGAUGGCUGGCGUCGUGACGUACACGGGCGCGAAGAUCAUUCAGAUGGCGAAGCGCCUCGUGGACGACAUCGGGAAACCGCUCGAGUUGGACACGGACGGGAUCUGGUGCUGCCUCCCCGGGUCGUUCCCGGAGGAGUUCGACCUCGUGCCGAAGGAAGGCAGCGGGAAGAAGAAGCUCACGAUCUCGUACCCGUGCUCGGUGUUGAACCGCCUCACCGCGUUGCAGUGCACGAACGACCAGUACCAGACGCUCAUGGACCCGGAGAAGCGAACGUACAAGCAGUCGUCGGAGAUGUCCAUCGAGUUCGAGGUGGACGGACCGUACAAGGCGAUGAUCCUGCCCGCGUCGAAAGAGGAAGGGAAGCUCAUCAAGAAACGCUACGCCGUCUUCAACUUCGACGGCUCGCUCGAGGAGCUGAAGGGGUUCGAGGUGAAGCGCCGCGGCGAGCUGAAGCUCAUCAAGGCGUUUCAAGAGGAAGUCUUCGAGAAGUUUCUCGACGGCGACACCCUCGAGGGCGUGUACGCCUCCGUCGGCGUCGUCGCGAACAAGUGGCUGGACAUGCUCGAGACGAAGGGCGAGCACCUCACGGACGAAGACCUGGUCGAUUACAUCUCCGAGGCGACGACGAUGAGCAAGUCGCUGGAGGAGUACGGCGACCGCAAAUCGUGCGCUACGACGUGCGCGCGGCGGUUGGGCGCCUUCAUCGGCGGCGACGUCAUGACAGACAAGGGCCUCAAGGCGCAGUACAUCAUCACGAAGAAGCCCGCGGGCGCGCCGACGUCGCAGCGCGCGGUCCCCGUGAUCAUCUUCCAGACCGAGGCGAGCGUCGCGCGUUCAUUCCUCAAGGACUGGCUCAAAGAUCAUCCCCCCGGCGAGCCGGACGAGGUGCCGGACAUGCGUCAGCUCGUGGACUGGGACUACUACACGACGCGCCUGUCGAGCGCGAUUCAGAAGAUCAUCUCCAUCCCGGCGGCGCUGCAGCACGUCAAGAACCCGUGCCCGAGAGUCGCGCACCCGGACUGGCUGACCAAGAUGGUUCGCGAGAAGGACGACACGUUCAAGCAGCGGAAGGUGAAGGACCUCUUCGCCGCGCUCGCGCCGAAGGAUGUCAACGCGCGGCUCGCCGAGCUCGGAGAGAAGACGCCCGGCGGCGGCGGCAAAACCGGCGGCGGGUGCGGCGGCGACGACGAGCUCGACAUGGAGGACGUCGGAGACCGCGGCGGGUCCCUGAUCGGCAAGACUUCCGGUCCGCGCGUGCGGCGGUUCUUCCGCGGCGCCGCGGAGGACGCCGCGCCGGGGGGGGGCGGCGACCGCGACCGAUGGCCGACGACGCCGGAGAACGCGGCGGGGGGCGCCGCGCCGCGCGCGCCGGGCAGCGGCCCGUCGCCGGACGUCCCCGGGCCCGCGAUCGUCCGCAAGCGCCGUGGGCCGCCCGACCCGGUGGACGUCGCGAGAGAAGCGCUCGAGGCGUUCGGGGACGCCCCGGACAAGCGCGUCGACUACGCCGGAUGGCUGCAGCACUGCAAGGCGAAGUGGAGGCUGCAGCGCGCGACGCGGAAGCGUCGCCGGCUGGAGGAAGAGAAGGCGCUCGCGGCGGCGUCCGGCGCGAUCGUCGGCGCGAUGACCCCCGGUCGCGGUAUGCGCACGGGGCCGCGACUCCUGGGCCCCGGCGGCCUCGGCGCGUUCGUGGAGUCGCGCGAGCGGACGCUGCAGAACGCGCCGUGGCAGCUCGUGCAGGUGGAACGCUCCGCCGGGGGGGGCCCCGGCGCGUUCACCGUGUGGGUGCUCGCGGGCGGUUCCCUCCACGCGGUGUCCGUCAGAGCCACGAGACGACUCGCGGUCGCGAUGCGCGUCGCGGAUAAGGAGGGCGACCUCGGCGUCGGCGGCAAGCGCCGCAUCGCCGCGGCGCUGCCCAGAGGCGGCAAAGCCGAUCACGUCUACGAGGUGAAGAUGGACGAGAGCGACUUCAAGUCGGGUCUCGAGGUGGUCGACCUGCUCGCGGAUCCGAACGUCAUCGGCGUGUUCGAACGUCACGUCCCGCUCCUCGAGGCGUCGAUUCAGCGCGUCGGGUGCGUCGCGACGCUGAGGCGCGGCGCGAGCGACGGCCCGGGCGGCGUGUACGACGUCGACGACCUCGAGAUGCGCACGACGGCGGAGUGCGGCUACCUGCCCCUCGCGCCCGUCGCCGGCGCCGCGCACGCCGCGCACGGGAUGCUGCGCCACGUGACGCUGUACGUCGCCGGGACGAAGGAUAAGGGCGUCUACGCGCUGCAUCUCCCCGCGUCCGGCGCGGCCGUGCUCGUCGUCGUGCAACCGGGCGAGGGCGCGGGGGGCGGCGGGCGGCGACGCGCGACGGCGGCGGACGCGCGCGAGGUCACCGCCGCGGCGCUCGAACGCGCGUCAAAAGCCGCGCUGUUCGCGGAGGACGAGACCGAGGGCGGCGGCGGAAACGGAAACGGCGCGGACGGCGACUCCGCCGCCGCCGUCCCCGUGAAGUGGACCGUGGAGUACGUCGGCACGGACGACGCCGCGGGCGCGGCGGUGAGCAGGCACCUCACGUCGUAUCUCGAGGAUCCGAAGGGCCCGACGAUUUGCCUCGUCGAGGCGCCGCCGGACGCGGGACGCGCGCCGGAGACGGACGCGCAUCGCGACGGCGUCGCCGGCCGCCUCGGCGUCGCGAUCCCCGCGCUCGCGAGACUCCCCGUCGUCGUCGUCCCCGCGAACGCCGCGGACUCGAGCUCGAUGCCCGCGCUCGGGUGGCAGCUCAACGCUGCGAAGCUCGCCGCCGCGCGAUUGCAAGCCGCCGGGGGAUGGCUCGCCGAACGCGUCGCCAUCUCUCGCUACGCGCACGUCCCCGUGGGAAACCUCGGGUCGGACUGGUGCCUGCACACCGCGGACACCUUCUUCGCGCGCGCGCUGCGCGACGCGGAUCAGCUCCUGUGGACCGGCCCCGGCGGCGUCCCGGACCUCGGCGGCGGCGCGAGCGACGGCGCGCUGAGCGGACUCGACGACGCGUUGCGCACCGUCCGCGCCGAGGUGACCAACCCCGGCGCGUACCGAUGCGUGUGCGUCGAGCUCAAGGCGCAUCACCUCGCCGUGUGCGCGAUCGCGAACGCGCACUUGCUCAACGACCUAGAGCAGGGCGCGCUGCUCGGGUACGACGUCGGCGCGAACGCGGGGAAAGGGAAGACGGCGAGCGAGCAGGGAGUCCGCGGCGGGCACGAGGCGGCGGCGGCGUUUCGGACGUUGCGAAUCCUCGUGAACAACUGGCUGGUGGACGCGACGGAGCGACGGAACCCGUACGCGGACGCGCUGCUCGGGCAGCUGCGACGGUGGCUGCUCUCCGCGUUCAGCUCCUUGCGCGAGCCCGCGCUGCGGCACCUCGUCGAGCUGUGCGUGAAGAAGGUGUUCACGUUGCUUCUCGCCGAGGUCAAAAAACUCGGCGCCGUCGUCGUGCACGCGGACACGCAGACGAUCACGAUCGCGACGGGGAAGACGCGUCUCGCCUCCGCGGCCGCGUUCGUGGACGGACUGCGCGCGAGCUUGCGCCGUCGCGAGCUCUUCUCGUGGCUCGAGCUCGAGCCGAGCCGGCAGUGGCACUCGCUGUUGUUCCGAGGGCCGUACGACUACGGCGGUUUACUCGCGUCGUCGCUUCCUGGCGCCGCCGCGUGGAGCGGGCACGACACGCAGGGGCCCGACGACGUCGAGCUCGACCCGGGGACGACGAACGCGCGAGACGCCUCGGACGCCGCGGACGCGCUGGACAUGCACUGGAACAUCGCGAGCUUCCUCCCGGAGUCGCUGCGCGAACACUUCGAGGUCAUCGUCAGCGAGUUUAUCUUCCGGCCGUGGAAGCACGAGCACGGCGGCGGAUUGGAGGACGCCGCGGAGUCCGCGCGACGACGCGAGAUCGACCGGCACCUCGAGGACGAGGGCGACGACGCGCUGGACGAGGAACCGCCGCCGGAGAUGAUGCAGCAGCGAGAAUACCACCACGGAGACUUGGACCACGAGCGAGAAGACGGUCUUCCCGCGACGACGCGCCGAGAAGCCGCGGCGGCGGAGGAGGAGCGACGCGCCGCGUGGCUCGGCGCUCAGGUCGAGGGGUACUUCUCCCAGCGCGUGCUGCGUCUCGCGGGGGAGAUUCAGAAGCACCUGGGCCCCGGGGCGAGCGCGAGGGCGUCGCCGCAGGACGCGUUCCCGACGCCCCCCGGCGCGCACCUCCCGAAAGAUUUGCGAGGGUCGCCCGCGUUGGCGUUUAUCAAGACGCUGUGCGCGGCGUUGUCGUUGGAUACGACGGUGGAGGGCCACGUCGCGUUGCUUCGCAAGAACGCGCUGAAGCUUCUCCGCGUCCCGGAGUACGCGCCGCAGGCGGAGUUCCGCGAGCCGUGCGUCACGUUCGUCCUGCGCGACGCCGUGUGCGGGUACUGCGGCGACUGCCGCGACCUGGACCUGUGCCGCGAUCGACGGCUCGUGGACGAAGGGUCGUGGGACUGCGUCGGUUGCGACGCGCCGUACGACCCGCAGUGGAUCGAGGGCGCGCUCGUCGCGCACGUCAACGAGCGAAUGCGGUGCUCCGCGCUGCAAGACUUGAGGUGUACGCGCGACCGGAAGAUCAAGAGGGAUCAUCUCGGGAGCCGGUGCGUCUGCGGCGGGUUGUACGCGUGCACGGAGAGCGCGACGGGCGCGGCGGAUGAUUUACGCGUGAUGCGCGACAUCGCGACGCAUCACGGGUUUAAAGUUCUGAAGGACGUCGUCGAGUGGGUCGCGAGGCGGUCGCCGAACCUCGCGGGCGUCGGCGGGGUCUUGGAGUGA